CAACAACAACAGCAAUAACAGCAACAACAACAAAAACAACAGACCCCCACAAACCCCAAGGAGUGAGACAAAGAAGUAUCACGUGAUAAAGCGGCGGCUGGUAUGAAUGUGGCACUCAUUGAUGCGUUCAAUGGAAGGAGAGGGUCUAUUUACUCUUUCUUCAUCUGGACACGUCAAUCAGCCCAGGUCAUCAAGGGCGUUCAAACCGUUUCUCCCCUAAGUUGUCUUUUUCAGUCAGCAUAUACCACUUGAGCUGCAUCAGCUGCAGCUUGAUCUCGUCAUGAGCGAGUGCCACACCGCCCAGGACGCUUUCGAGCACGCGCCGGCGAUGAUGGCGCCGACCGGAUCCUCCACCCCAGCUACUCCAUUCUCCAAGCCUUCCACACUUCCCCCGCAAUCCCAAUCACUGUGCAGGGACAAUCUUGAUAGAUGGUUACUCAAGCGGAACCCCCCACGGUGCCCCAAGAAUCUAGCCGACUGGCUGCUCGAUCAUCAAAUUGAGAUCCCCCUCAAUCUCCUCGCCCUCCUCAUCGUCAAUCACCUGUUCGUUCCCCGCGCACGCCAACACACAUCCAAAUUCUUCUCCCUAUCGCACUACAACCCAAACACGGGACGAUAUGCCAUCGGCGACGGGGACUUUUACUUCCUUGGGUUCUGCGUGGUGCUCUACACGGGCCUCCGCGCGGGAAUCAUGAAGUAUAUCCUCGCACCGCUAGCGACACACUGGGGCAUCUCCAAGAGGAAGGAUAUCACGCGAUUCUCCGAGCAGGCGUGGCUGUUGUGCUACUACUCGGUCUUCUGGACGCUGGGUCUGUACAUUUACGGCACCUCCAAGUACUACCUCAACCUCCGCGAGAUGUUCACCGACUGGCCCACGCGCGACCUCCCGGGCCUCACCAAGGUCUACAUCCUGGGCCAAUGGGCGUUCUGGCUGCAGCAGAUCCUCGUCCUGAACAUCGAGGCCCGUCGCAAGGACCACUGGCAGAUGCUCGCCCACCACCUGGUGACGGUCGUGCUGAUUUCCACCGCGUAUGCCUUGCAUCUCACCCGGGUGGCCAACCUGGUGCUCAUCCUGAUGGAUGUGGUGGAUAUCUUUUUCCCGCUCGCGAAAUGCCUCAAAUAUCUCGGCUACACCACCGCCCGCGACAUCCUCUUCGGCGUCUUCAUGCUCGCGUGGUUCCUGGCCCGCCACGUCUGCUACCUGCUCACCAUGUGGGGGAUCUGGAAGUACAUGCCCGAGACGAUUGCUGAGGGGUGCUACCACAUUCCUGCCAGUGGCACCCAGGACUCGCUCCAGGGGCCGACGCCUCUCCCGGUCCAUGGCUGGUCCCACCUGUGGACCCCGUUCUAUAACCCCACAGGUCCCAUCUGCUACAGCGAUGGCAUCCGGUGGGGGUUUUUGGGGGCCCUGGGGUUCCUGCAGCUGCUGACGGUGCUGUGGUUUGUGUUGAUUGUCAAGGUGGCGGUGCGGGUUGUGCAGGGGAUUGGGGCGGAUGAUAUUCGGAGUGAUGAUGAGGAGGAAGAUGAGAUGGAUGUGGAGGAGGAUGAGAACGAGAUGGUGAAGCUGUCCCCAUCCCCGUCAUCGGGGUGGAAGCGCAGGGCAGCUGGCAGCCGACGGCCGGCGAGCUCGUCAGGCGUCAGCUUCGAUCGGAAGGAGUUGCUGAGUCGGAUUGGGUGUGAGAAACAGGUGGAUUGAUUUGAGUAUCUUUCUUCUAUCUUCCUAAGGAAGCUGAAAAUAAAACGCAGCCUGUUGGGGCCUGGUCGAUUUCCCUGCGCAAAUUCAGAUGCGUUGUACGGCUUGGAUGGAAAUCUUCUGUUCAUGCAGUGGCCUGUAUGAGGAUCGGUGCUUACAGGGUAGACGAUCGCUGCAUCGUAGGUGGAUGUAUUCAGGACGGCGUUAUGAUAUACAUGAGAGGAAACAAAUAAUCCGGAAACUGGCGAGUAUGAUGUGUGCUGCACUAAAUGAUCAGACACUCUC